GAGCCUGCUCUGGGGAGAUAAGGCAGCGGCGCGCCUCCGGCUGGAUCUGCCGGAGCGUGGGGAGGGUCUCGGGGAGCUGCACCCCCCAGGAGCUGGGCUGAGCCCCCCGAGCAGGGUCAGGACCCCCAGCCCCAUCUCUGCAGGGAAAGCGGUGCCCGAAAACCCCAGCGCCGGGCGGCGGGGAGCCCUCGGCGGCUCCGGGCUGCGGCUUGUUGGCGCGCUCUCCUUUUCGCUUCCUCUGAAAGGAUUCGCAGCUCAAACGCCCCCCUGAGACCCGCUAACCUUUGGAUAACGUGGGCGCACUGCGAUGGAGACGCGGCGCGCUCUGCCAGGGGCUCGCGCUGCCCGGCUGGUGACAGCCGCCCGCUGGUGACAGCCUCCGUCCGGGGACAGCAGCCGUCCGGGGACAGCCUCCGUCCGGGCACAGCCUCCGUCCGGCCACAGCCUCCGUCCGGGCACAGCCUCCGUCCGGCCACAGCCUCCCGCCGCCGCCCCCCAGCAGAGCCCGGCCGCGGGGACCGGCGGAGGGGCGCGGAGCGGGCGGGGAGCUGCGCUCCCGCACCUGCCCGCCGCGGGGGCAUGCCCCAGGGCCGCCCGCAGCGCAGCCGCUCGCACCGCGCCCGGGAGCGGAGGUAGCGGCUCGGCAGAGCCCCCCCGCACCGCCCCCGCCGCCCUUUUCCCGGAGCCCGGCUCCCGGCCGCCCCCCGCCGCCCGCCCUCCCCGUCGGGUCCGUCCGACCGCCGGGUCCGGAGCGGCCGCCAUGGCCACGCUCCUCCGCAGCAAGCUUUCCAACGUGGCCACCUCCGUGUCCAACAAGUCCCAGGCGAAGAUGAGCGGCAUGUUCGCCAGGAUGGGCUUCCAGGCGGCCACCGACGAGGAGGCGGUGGGCUUCGCCCACUGCGACGACCUGGACAUGGAGCACCGGCAGGGGCUGCAGAUGGACAUCCUCAAGGGCGAGGGAGGCGAGGAGGGCGGCGAGCAGCCCCUGGAGGGGGACAUCCACUACCAGAGGGACGGCACCGGCCCCCUGCCGCCCUCCGCCUCCAAGGACGCGGGGGUCUGCUCCGAGCUUUCCGGGCAGGGCAAGCCCAAGAUCACGGCGUGGGAGGCGGGCUGGAAUGUCACCAACGCCAUCCAGGGGAUGUUUGUUCUGGGCCUGCCCUAUGCCAUCCUUCAUGGUGGAUACCUAGGACUCUUUUUAAUAAUUUUCGCUGCAGUGGUUUGCUGCUACACUGGGAAAAUCCUUAUUGCCUGUCUUUAUGAAGAGAAUGAGGAUGGGGAGAUAGUCAGGGUGAGAGACUCCUACGUGGACAUAGCCAACGCGUGCUGUGCGCCCCGCUUCCCCACGCUCGGAGGCAGAAUUGUGAACGUGGCUCAGAUCAUUGAACUGGUCAUGACCUGCAUCCUCUAUGUGGUGGUCAGUGGGAACCUGAUGUACAACAGCUUCCCCAACCUGCCUGUCUCCCAGAAGUCGUGGUCCAUCAUUGCCACGGCCGUGCUCCUGCCUUGUGCGUUCUUGAAAAACCUCAAGGCAGUCUCCAAGUUCAGCUUGCUCUGCACGUUGGCCCACUUUGUGAUCAACAUCCUGGUGAUCGCCUACUGCCUCUCCAGGGCACGCGACUGGGCGUGGGACAAAGUCAAGUUUUACAUUGAUGUGAAGAAAUUCCCCAUCUCCAUUGGCAUCAUCGUCUUCAGCUACACCUCUCAGAUCUUUCUGCCUUCCUUGGAGGGGAACAUGCAGAACCCCAAGGAGUUCCAUUGCAUGAUGAACUGGACUCACAUAGCAGCUUGCAUCCUUAAGGGACUCUUUGCCUUGGUCGCCUAUCUGACCUGGGCUGAUGAGACCAAGGAGGUCAUCACAGACAACUUGCCAUCCACCAUUAGGGCAGUAGUCAACAUCUUCUUGGUGGCCAAAGCCUUGCUCUCCUACCCCCUGCCAUUCUUUGCAGCUGUGGAAGUCCUGGAGCGAUCCCUCUUCCAGGAUGGAAACAGGGCGUUCUUCCCCAACUGCUACGGGGGUGACGGGCGGCUCAAGUCCUGGGGACUCACCCUCAGAUGUGCCCUGGUAGUCUUCACCCUGCUCAUGGCCAUCUAUGUCCCACAUUUUGCCCUCCUGAUGGGUCUUACCGGGAGCCUCACAGGUGCCGGGCUCUGCUUCCUGCUCCCCAGUCUUUUCCACCUCAAACUCUUGUGGAGGAAGCUCUUGUGGCACCAUGUCUUCUUCGACGUCGCCAUUUUCGUUAUAGGUGGUAUCUGCAGCGUCUCGGGGUUCAUCCACUCUUUGGAAGGCCUCAUAGAGGCCUUCAGAACCAACGCGGAAGACUAAGGAAGGGCCAGAGCUGGCUGCAGGAAGAGAAUCGCAUCGAACAUCCGCAUAGCCAAAAAAAUCCGCAUCCCUUGAAUGAAGAGAGUCAUUAUUUUCGUUACGUGCAUCCAACAAAUUCUAUGUCAUAGAAAUCUGCAAAUUAAAUGAGAUAAGAGAAGACAGUGUUCGCCCUGCCAUCUUUUUAAAUAAGCUAAGAGUUAAAUAUAUUUUUUUGUUAUUUAGAAUGUUUUAAAGGAAAAUACGUGGUGCCCCAUCCCGAUAUCCUCACUAGUUGCCUGAAGCUUGGCCCCCCGCGAAGGACCAGUCGGGAACCGAUCGCAGCUUUACUGCUCCUCACAGCUCUGCAAUUCGGUGCUUCAGGAGGUGAAACAGGCGCCGAUCCAAUGGGACUGGGGCUUUGUGCUAGCAAGCUAGCAAGCUGCGGGCGCUGGGAACACGGACCUUCCUUUAUUUUACACCGGUUGAGAGAGAAGUAAAUGAGCCCUGGAUUGUGUGACCAGCCCAGCAAGCCCACGCACCGGCUGAUGACCGCAGCAUUUACACCGUGGCCGCAGCGAUGCCGGGACUGCUUAAUUCUUCCACCCGGACUCACACCGAGGAACGGCGCUGCCCAUCGAUCACAUUUUGCCUCUGGUUGAAAUCACAGACCCGGAGUCCAUUUCUCGGUGAUUUUGUUUUGUUUUGUUUUGUUUCAUUUUAACAAUUGUUAUUUCUAAAUUAUGAAAAGAAAAAAAAUAUAUAUAUUGUUGGAUUUGACGUCGUUCAGGAUACAGAAACAAAACUAAGACAAAACUCAUUCUGUGCAAUCUACCAGAUCCGUGGAGCUGUUUCCAAUGUACGUGUGGUGUAAUUGUGGUAAAUAAGAUGAAAAAUGUAUAUCAGAAAAAAAAAAAAAAAAGUCUAUCUUUAACUUAUAAUGUGGUACAUAAAUAUAUCGAACAAUAAAGAGAAAACCUAUCCGA